CUCUCUUACACUGAAAAACUAGACCAGAAAGAGAGCUAACGCAGUCCCCCAUAAACCCUUUCAUUCGCCGCUUCAUCAGGUCUGUUCGUUCUCUCCUUCUUCUUCAUCUUCCCUGCGCUAGCUUCGAUCUAAUUUUUAUGAUUAGUCUCUCUGUUUUUCAUUAUGAUUGCUUGAUGUUCUUCGUCUUUCGCUUAGGUAGCAGUAGAUCUCUAGCUGCUUAGUAACUUAAGAUUUUGUUUCUUGUUGAUGGUUCGAUUGUUUGGAUCUUCGUGAUUACCGAGCUUUUGGUGAGGAGUUAUUGUGUCCGAUUCAGUCGGAUUCUCAGUUUGCUUAUCAUUUCACGUCAUUCAAAUCCGUCUAUUGUUUCAGUUUUUGAUUGCCGAUUUUGAGUUUGUUGACUUUUGGAUCUUUGUUUACGGGAUUGAUUCCUCUAGCUCGUGAUUUGGAUUUUCUCAGAUGAGUAGAUUUAAAAGCUUUGUAAUGGAUUUCUGGUUUGCUGUUCGUUAGUCUCUUCGUUUUUUACUUGAGAACCGAUUUGUUGCUGGAUGGUCUGCUUAUGGAAUUGAUUGGUGUAGGUAUAUCAUUAGGAUUUAUGUGUUCGUUAAAUAUGGGUUCUGUUUACGCUGAUUGAUUUUGUUUGUUUCGUUCUAACUAUCUCCUUUUUGGAUGGUGCAGCUUCCUAACUGUUGAAGGAUAUUACUAUAAAGAGUAGGCAAGAUGGUGAAGUUCACAGCUGAGGAGCUUCGCCGCAUCAUGGACAUGAAGCAUAACAUCCGUAAUAUGUCUGUUAUUGCUCAUGUCGAUCAUGGAAAAUCAACGUUGACCGAUUCUCUAGUUGCUGCUGCUGGAAUCAUCGCCCAGGAGGUUGCUGGUGAUGUACGUAUGACUGACACCAGGGCUGAUGAAGCAGAACGUGGUAUCACAAUUAAGUCCACCGGUAUCUCUCUCUACUAUGAGAUGUCUGAGAAAUCCCUCAAGCAGUACAAGGGGCAGAGAGAUGGCAACGAGUACCUCAUCAAUCUUAUCGACUCUCCCGGGCACGUUGACUUCUCCUCUGAGGUCACUGCUGCCCUCCGUAUCACAGACGGAGCUCUAGUUGUGGUUGAUUGUGUUGAGGGAGUCUGUGUCCAGACUGAGACUGUCCUCCGUCAGGCUCUUGGUGAGAGGAUUCGUCCUGUGCUGACUGUCAACAAGAUGGACAGGUGUUUCCUUGAACUCCAAGUUGAUGGAGAGGAGGCCUAUCAGACAUUCCAGAGGGUGAUUGAAAAUGCUAAUGUCAUCAUGGCCACAUACGAAGAUCCCCUUCUUGGCGAUGUCCAGGUUUAUCCUGAGAAAGGUACUGUUGCUUUCUCUGCUGGGCUUCACGGGUGGGCUUUUACCCUCACCAAUUUUGCCAAGAUGUAUGCUUCAAAGUUUGGAGUUGACGAGUCUAAAAUGAUGGAGAGGCUGUGGGGUGAGAACUUCUUUGACCCAGCAACAAAGAAGUGGACCACCAAGAACACUGGUUCUGCCACAUGCAAGCGUGGGUUUGUUCAAUUCUGUUACGAGCCCAUCAAGCAAGUGAUCAACACUUGCAUGAACGAUCAGAAAGACAAGUUGUGGCCUAUGUUGUCAAAGCUGGGAAUUCAGAUGAAGGGUGAGGAGAAGGAAUUGAUGGGAAAGCCCCUAAUGAAGCGUGUCAUGCAGACUUGGCUCCCGGCAGCUGAUGCUCUAUUGGAAAUGAUGAUCUUUCACCUUCCUUCCCCUGCAACUGCGCAGAGGUAUCGUGUUGAGAACUUGUAUGAAGGCCCACUCGAUGAUCAGUAUGCUACUGCCAUCAGGAACUGCGACCCUGAAGGACCUCUGAUGCUUUAUGUUUCCAAAAUGAUUCCAGCAUCUGACAAAGGUCGAUUCUUUGCUUUUGGUCGUGUGUUUGCUGGGAAGGUGUCUACUGGUGUUAAGGUCAGGAUUAUGGGCCCCAACUAUGUCCCUGGUGAAAAGAAGGAUCUGUAUGUGAAGAAUGUACAGAGGACCGUUAUCUGGAUGGGAAAGAGGCAGGAAACAGUUGAGGAUGUUCCUUGCGGUAACACUGUUGCUCUGGUUGGUCUUGACCAGUUCAUUACCAAGAAUGCUACUCUGACAAAUGAGAAGGAAGUGGAUGCUCACCCUAUUCGUGCUAUGAAGUUCUCCGUCUCUCCUGUUGUUCGUGUUGCUGUCCAGUGUAAGGUUGCCUCUGAUCUGCCCAAGCUUGUGGAAGGAUUGAAGCGUCUGGCAAAGUCAGACCCUAUGGUUGUCUGCUCAAUUGAGGAGUCUGGUGAGCACAUCAUAGCUGGUGCUGGAGAGCUCCAUCUUGAGAUUUGUUUGAAGGAUCUGCAGGAUGACUUCAUGGGUGGUGCUGAAAUCAUCAAGUCUGACCCCGUUGUGUCCUUCCGUGAAACUGUGCUGGAGAAGUCUAGCCGCAUUGUCAUGAGCAAAUCUCCCAACAAACACAACCGUCUGUACAUGGAGGCAAGGCCCAUGGAGGAAGGUUUGGCAGAGGCGAUCGAUGAUGGGCGCAUUGGCCCAAGGGAUGACCCCAAGGUUCGUUCCAAGAUUCUGGCUGAGGAGUUUGGCUGGGACAAGGAUCUUGCCAAGAAAAUCUGGUGUUUUGGACCUGAAACCACUGGACCCAACAUGGUGGUUGAUAUGUGUAAGGGAGUCCAGUACUUGAAUGAAAUCAAGGACUCUGUGGUUGCUGGUUUCCAGUGGGCGUCAAAGGAAGGAGCUUUGUGUGAAGAAAACAUGAGAGGUAUCUGCUAUGAAGUCUGUGACGUUGUUCUCCAUGCUGAUGCUAUUCACAGAGGUGGUGGCCAGGUCAUCCCAACUGCCAGGAGGGUCAUCUAUGCUUCUCAGCUGACCGCCAAGCCCAGGCUUCUUGAACCAGUCUACAUGGUCGAGAUCCAGGCACCCGAGCAGGCUCUUGGAGGUAUCUACAGUGUGCUGAAUCAGAAGAGAGGACAUGUGUUUGAGGAGAUGCAGAGGCCCGGCACACCGCUCUACAACAUCAAGGCUUACCUCCCUGUCAUUGAGUCCUUUGGAUUCUCCAGCACUCUGAGGGCGGCUACAUCUGGGCAGGCUUUCCCGCAGUGUGUGUUUGAUCACUGGGACAUGAUGAUGUCUGAUCCAUUGGAGGCAGGAACCCAGGCUUCGACGCUCGUGGCAGAUAUCCGUAAGAGGAAGGGUUUGAAGGAACAGAUGACUCCCCUCUCCGAGUUCGAGGACAAGCUGUAAGGUGGUUGAGAGAGAGUGGAUGUUCAAGUCAUCUUUUAUGUUUUCGGUUUUACCUGUUUGGAAUUUUUGUCUUCUAUGUUGGAUUUUGUAUCGGUAGCAGUUUGGUAGCUAUCCCAAUUUCGUAUCGGGUCCAAGUCUUGUUCUGAGAACUUGAGAAUGUUUUUUUUGGUUUGCUGGCAUGUAACCUUACAGUUGGAACUCUUUAGUUUACAUAUAUUGUCUGUCGUUUAGACAAAAUUUCGUGUUUUGCUUUUGCGUUUGCUCUUGUUCUGCUAUUCUUAGUUGAUUCUGUUCGGAGAUCCAUUUAGCAUGUGGUGCUCUGCCUAAUGUCUGUAUGGACCCUGGCUAUUUGCCCAUCUGUUGUUAACGAGUGUUAGACAGAUUGGAUCCUGAACUCAGUUGUGCUUAGAAAAACUGCUACAAGUAACUAAAUCUCCUUUUCGGAAUUAAUACACUCCUAAACAAGCAUUAAAACAGAGUUUUCUGA